UCACACCUGAGAGGAGGUGGGCGGGCCUACUUUUGGAGGUGUGCUCAUUUAGCACAGCUCCUCCUUCAUGAGUCAACCUGCUCUCCUUCCUUAUGACCCUUCAGCAUUUUGACUGCUGCUGCCAUUUUUCUCUGCUGCCAGCUUCUUAACACAUCAGAGGCAAAAAUGGCAUCUGGAGCAGCUGUUGCUGAUUCGGUGAAGGAUCUCUACAAUGAAAUGAAAGUGGUGAAAAAUGAUGCCGACCAGAGUGAACGUAUAAGAUUGGUGGUAUUUCACAUCAGCGACAAUUUCAUCGACGUGGAGGACAACAAAAUCUACCGGGAAAAGGAUCUGGAAGGCGUGGAUGAUGUAUACAAAUUUUUCAUCGGUUUGCUAAAAGACAAACAGUGCCGCUACAUGCUGUACGACUGCCACUUUGAAACCAAGGAAUCAAGUAGAAAAGAAGAGCUGGUCUUUGUGAUGUGGGCUCCUGAUUCAGCAUGCAUCAAAGAAAAAAUGAAGUACGCCAGCUCAAAAGGAGCCCUCCAGAAAGUCUUGACAGGUAUCAAACAUCAGCUGCAGGUGAAUGACCUUUCAGACUGCCACCCAAGGGAUGUUUUUGCAGAAAAAAUGGGGAAGGGCAUAAUCCGCUGUUGAGGGCCAUGGAUUGAAUCCUGUGUGUCAGCAGAAGCAGCUUUAAACAAACCAUCUUUCUCCUGUUUCAUAACAAGGUCAAUUUAAAGGGAUAUGAGAUGAUAACACAAACGUUUCCAGAUCGACUUUGUUUUUGAAUCGGUUCAAUGAAUCUUAAAUGGAAGGGUUGGCCUCUGGAUGGGAUUACAUUCCUGUAACCUGUAACAUAAACCUCUGAUGUCUGUGCCCUUCUAAACUGUCCAGUCACACUAGUUUGAUACCAGUUUGGCGAUGGAAUCAAACUUGUUCAGAUGUAAUUUUAUUCACUUUUUGACAUAUUCAUACAUUGAUCCUAUUUUCUUUCACUUGACUCUUGGUUCAUUUGUAUUUCUCAAAUCAGUAGUUUUCUGUUGUAUACAUUCAUGAAUAUUUGAACCCCUGCAUAUUCCAACAUAUACCAUUUGUCGAUGAUUACAUUAAGCUACAUCCUUGACACCUUGUUAAAGUUUUCUAGGUCAAAAUGGCUGAAUCUGUAAAUUUGACAUAAAUCUGUUUUUCUAGACAGUUACACUUUGAUGUACAAGAAUAGUAUAACUUUUAAAAAGAAAUGUUUCAAUGAAAAUGCAGCAGUCAGUGCACUGUCUGAGUACUGUCAAAUAAAUCCAAUGCAAUCAA